AUGUCGGUUUCUGGUAUUCAAGGCCAGCUUCUUGAAGUCACGGUUGUUGGGUGUACCAAAUUGAAAGACACAGAAUGGAUUUCAAGACAAGAUCCUUACGUUUGUGUAGAAUAUGGUAGCAAUAAGUCUCGUACAAGAACCUGCACAGAUGGAGGCAAAAAUCCUACAUUCCAAGAGAAGUUUGUGUUUACACUAAUUGAAGGGUUAAGAGAGAUUAGUGUUGCUGUUUGGAACAGCAAUACGCUAACUUUUGAUGAUUUUAUCGGCAGUGGAAAGAUUCAAUUGCACAAGGUUCUUUCGCAGGGUUUUGACGAUACAACUUGGCCACUUCAAAGUAAAACUGGAAGGCAUGCUGGAGAAGUAAGACUGAUAAUGCACUAUGCAAAUGCCAACAAAGCAGCAACAAGCUAUGCUCCUUCAGCACCACCAUAUGCAGCCCCUUUUCCUCAAGGCUCAGUGUACUCUGCACCACCACCAGCGCAUGGAAAUCCUUACGCACAACCACCGACAGCCUACCCAGCUUCAUCUCCUUAUCCCUCAUACCCUCCUAGUUCAGCAUAUCCACCCUCAGCAUAUUCCCAGCCACCACCUUCUGCUUAUCCUCCUGCACCAUACCCAGCACCUUCAGCAUAUCCUCCACCACCAUAUCCACCUCCACCUCAAGCUUCACCCUACUAUCCUCCAGGCCCUUUUCCUGGGAUCUAUCCUCCUCCGCCAUACUGA